AUGGCCGUUGUCCUUUCACAUCCAUACAGUUUCCCGCGCACAUCGUGGUCGGGCUACUACCACGGGCCACCCUACCGCCCUGACGACUACUGCCUGAUGCUCCUGUUCGCCGCACAAGUGGCGAGCAGGACACUGGUUAAAAGCCGUGCAAAAUCACGCCCAAUACCCCCCCUCGUCCUUCAGUUGGCCGUCAUCGACCUUGUUCUUCAGAUGCGGGACCACCUGCGGCCGUACCGCACAGAGGGGAUGGUCUUCUUGCCAGCCCUCGAGUGGAAGGCGGCAACGGAUGCGUUGAUCUCCCGCGCUGCAGAGAUUGCACGUUUCGAUGUCGCUUUUGCUUACCAGCUGGCACGAGCUGCCCUGGACUGGGGCCACAACUAUGGAGACACGGUGGACCGCUUGCCGCGCAAGUCCAGACAGCAGUUCGACCAAACACUCAUUAUCGAAUUCCUUGCACCCUACCGUCGCGCGCAGGAGUCUCUGGAUGAAGUGAAACUGAGCUACGGUGUUCAGGAAAUUGCACCGACUAAGCCUGCUCCCGGACUCCGAUAUCCUCCCAAUGUCGAUAAUCGACCCUCCCUCGAGGCAACGUGUCAACUCGCCAGCUGUCAUGGGGCGUUGUUGAUAUCAACCGUCCAGUUCUGUCACCAGUGA